CACUUCUCCGUUCCCAUCAAAGCUUGCUGUCAUCGUCUUGUCCGAUCCGGAUGUAGCUGCCUUGACCCCUUACCUGGGAGUGUCUGUUCAAAAUCUCACACUUGAGAUCGCCAUAGCUUGCCACCAUGUCCGACGCUGAUUUUGAAGCCGUCCGUCGGCUCCAAGCUGAGCGCAAUGCUGCUGCAGCUGGAAGUAAAGGUUCUAGGACCUUUGAUCCGUCUAGCCAGCGCACUGACAACUCGACCAAGGCCUCCCUAACUGAAUCCUUCGACACGACCCUCUACGAACGUGAAGGCGCCGACAAGUUUGCGGGAUAUGAUACGUCGAUUGCUGUCAAUGGCGAUGAUGAAGAGAUGGAGGAUACGGAUGCGGGCCACCGAUUGGUGGGCCAAUACACUGCCACCAGGAGCCAAAUCGACGAGUUUGCCCACGGCAAUGGGGUGGAAGAGGAGGACAUUCUUCUCGGGCGCGAGAAGGCAGCUAGGAUCGCAGACCGUGAGACAGACUACCAGAAGCGCCGCUUCAACCGCGGUCCGCUGACUCCCACGCGCGCUGAUCCCUUUGCUGCGAACACCCAUGCCAACGUGGAGGAGGAGGGAGGCCAGACUUACCGUGAAGUCAUGGCUAUGCGUGAACUUGAGAAAGAAGAAGAACGUGUCCAGAAGCUGAUUGCGGAAAAGCAGGCUCGUGGCGAGAACGAUGUGACUGAACACGAGGCUACAUUGAAACUGGAGGACAAAGAGAAUGCCGACGCCGGCUCUACGGUGUCUGUCGCCUCUGGCCGCAAGCGCAAGCAACGGUGGGAUGUAGCUGCGGAGCCGGCUCCUGAGGAGGAGGAGGCUCCCAAGCCCGCCGGAGCAGACUCCAAGGCGAAGCGGUCUCGCUGGGAUCAGACGCCUGCCCCGGUCGCCCCUGGGGCCGUCGAGGAGGCUCCCAAGCGUCGUUCCAGAUGGGACCAAGCACCAGCUCUUACCGCAGCGACUCCCGUCGGCAACCAGGGGAUUGCCACUCCUAUGCAUCCUUCUCAAGUAGGUGCACCUUUGAUUCCAACUAGCUUUGGAACUGAUAUCUCUGGGCGCAAUGCUCCUCUCUCCGAUGAAGAACUUGAUAUGAUGCUGCCAUCUGAGGGCUACAAGAUCCUUGACCCUCCUCCUGGAUAUGCUCCCAUCCGGAACCCUGCUAGGAAGCUCAUGGCCACUCCGGCACCCAUGGCCAGCUCCACUGGAGUUGGUGGUUUCAUGAUGCAAGAGCCGGAGAGCGCGCGUGCGCUAGGCAAACAGCUUCCAACUGAAAUCCCCGGUGUCGGAGAUCUGCAAUUUUUCAAGCCUGAGGAUAUGGCUUACUUUGGCAAACUCAUGGAAGGAGGUGAUGAGAGUACAAUGACAGUCGAGGAGAUGAAGGAGCGGAAGAUUAUGAGACUCUUGCUCAAGGUCAAGAACGGCACGCCGCCGAUGAGAAAGACAGCCCUGCGUCAACUGACGGACAACGCACGGCAAUUUGGCGCGGGACCUCUGUUCAACCAGAUCCUUCCGCUUCUCAUGGAGAAGUCCCUCGAAGACCAGGAGCGCCACCUGUUGGUCAAGGUCAUCGACCGUGUUCUCUAUAAGCUGGAUGAUCUCGUCCGCCCUUAUGUUCACAAGAUUCUCGUCGUCAUCGAGCCCUUGCUCAUCGACCAAGACUACUAUGCUCGUGUUGAGGGUCGGGAAAUUAUCUCGAACCUGGCUAAGGCCGCUGGUCUAGCCACCAUGAUCAGUACCAUGCGUCCGGAUAUCGACCACGUCGAUGAAUAUGUUCGUAACACGACUGCCCGAGCCUUCGCGGUUGUUGCUUCUGCCCUUGGAAUCCCAGCUCUUCUACCAUUCCUUCGUGCUGUUUGUCGGAGUAAGAAAUCAUGGCAGGCCAGACACACAGGUGUCAAGAUUGUUCAGCAAAUUCCCAUCCUCAUGGGUUGCGCUAUCUUGCCCCAUCUCAAGGGACUAGUUGACUGUAUCGCAGACAAUCUUAGUGACGAGCAAGCUAAGGUGCGAACAGUUACUGCUUUGGCCGUCGCAGCAUUGGCUGAAGCCGCCAACCCCUACGGUAUCGAGAGCUUUGAUGAAAUCCUUAACCCUCUCUGGACGGGCGCUAGGAAGCAGCGUGGUAAAGGUCUGGCUGCCUUCCUAAAGGCUGUUGGAUAUAUCAUCCCCCUUAUGGACGAAGAAUAUGCCAACUACUACACCAGUCAAAUCAUGGAAAUCUUGCUCCGCGAGUUCUCCUCUCCAGAUGAAGAGAUGAAAAAGGUCGUCCUCAAGGUGGUUUCACAGUGUGCCAGCACCGAUGGUGUGACAGCCAGUUACCUCAAGGAGCAUGUUUUGACAGACUUCUUCAAGAGUUUCUGGGUGAGACGUAUGGCUUUGGACAGGAGAAACUAUCGGCAGGUGGUUGACACGACGGUGGACCUUGGACAGAAAGUUGGCGUGGGUGAGAUUCUUGAGCGCGUCGUGAACAACCUCAAGGACGAGAGCGAACCCUACCGGAAGAUGACGGUAGAAACUGUGGAGAAGCUUAUUGCGGCUCUCGGCGCCGCAGACAUCUCCGAGAGAUUGGAGGAAAGAUUGAUCGACGGUGUCCUGUAUGCUUUCCAGGAACAAAGCAUCGAAGAUAUCGUCAUCUUGAACGGCUUUGGUACGGUGGUGAAUGCUCUUGGCACGCGUUGCAAGCCUUACCUUCCUCAGAUCGUCAGUACUAUUCUCUGGAGACUGAACAACAAGUCGGCCACAGUUCGGCAGCAGGCAGCAGACCUCAUUUCCCGCAUUGCCAUGGUCAUGAAGCAGUGUGGCGAGGAUGCGCUAAUGGGCAAGCUUGGUAUCGUGCUGUACGAGUACCUUGGUGAAGAAUAUCCUGAAGUACUAGGUUCUAUUCUAGGCGCCCUCAGAUCUAUUGUCACCGUGGUUGGUAUCAAUCAGAUGCAACCUCCUAUCAGAGACUUGCUCCCUCGCCUCACCCCCAUCUUGCGCAACCGUCACGAGAAGGUUCAAGAAAAUACCAUUGAUCUCGUGGGUCGUAUUGCCGACCGUGGCCCCGAAUCCGUCAAUGCGAGGGAAUGGAUGCGAAUUUGUUUCGAGCUUUUGGACAUGCUGAAGGCUCACAAGAAGGGAAUUCGUCGUGCUGCCAACAACACUUUCGGUUUCAUCGCUAAGGCUAUUGGUCCCCAGGAUGUUCUGGCAACGCUUCUCAACAACCUUCGUGUUCAGGAACGUCAGUCACGUGUCUGUACCGCUGUUGCCAUUGGUAUUGUGGCCGAGACCUGCGCGCCGUUCACCGUGCUCCCUGCUUUGAUGAACGAAUACCGUGUCCCGGAGCUGAACGUCCAGAACGGUGUCCUGAAGGCCAUGUCCUUCCUAUUUGAGUACAUCGGCGAGAUGGCUAAAGAUUAUGUCUAUGCCGUCACGCCUCUCCUCGAGGAUGCUUUGAUUGAUCGGGACCAGGUUCACCGACAAACGGCUGCCAGUGUGGUGAAGCAUAUUGCGCUGGGCGUGGUUGGUCUUGGGUGCGAAGAUGCCAUGGUCCACCUCCUAAACCUGGUGUUUCCUAACAUUUUCGAAACCAGCCCGCACGUCAUUGAUCGUGUGAUUGAAGCCAUUGAUGCGAUUCGCAUGGCCGUUGGCACCGGCACGGUCAUGAAUUACGUCUGGGCUGGAUUGUUCCAUCCUGCCCGUAAGGUGCGCGUGCCCUACUGGCGUCUCUACAACGAUGCGUAUGUGCAGAGCGCAGACGCAAUGAUCCCAUACUACCCCAACCUGGAGGAUGACGGAUUGGACCGGAGUGAAUUAUCCAUUAUAGUAUGAUUCCCCAACUCGCCGUUCUUUGCGAUUCCUGUAUGUACAACUUGAUUCUACCUUGUGUCACUUCUUCGUGUUAAGCAUCAUCAUCAUCUUCUACUGGGGCCUGUUAACUAUCACGGUGUUGCCGAGGCUGGAUUUGGCGUGUGUCCUUUCUGUUUUUUAAACGUCCUUUGGCCGAGAGUGAAUCUAAAUGGCAAUUAUUAUAUUU